AUGGCGGGUAACAACAAUGUAAACAACCCACCUCCAAGAUUGUUGGACACCAUUCUGACUCCGGUGUUCAAUAGGCCAAACUCAAGUAUACUCAGGCCGACAAUGGAGGCAAACAAUUUUGAGCUAAAGCCAUCUUUGAUUACUUUGGUGGAGAGGGCUCAAUUUUCUGGUGCACAGGAGGAAGACCCUCAUGAGUUUAUAGAUCGAUUUCUGAUGAUCUGUGAUACUACUAAGCACAAUGGAGUGUCUGCCAAUGCUAUUAGGCUUCGAUUAUUUCCUUUUGCUGUUAAGGGAAGGGCUCUCAGAUGGAUAGAAAGGCAGCCGGCUAAUAGUAUCAUGACAUGGAAAGACUUAUCAACAAAGUUCUUUGCCGAGUUCUUUUCUAUGGAGAAGUACAACCAGCUGGUGAAUGAGAUCACCAACUUCCGCCAGCUUGAAAGAGAAUCGUUGUGUGCAACCUGGAAUAGAUUCCAGGAGCUUAUCCGAAAGUGUCCGCACUAUGAGGGAGAUGAUGACAGAAAGGUGGCGGUCUUCUUUAAUGGCAUAUCUCCUGAAACAAGAUUGGUGAUUAAUAGUGCAGCUGGAGGUUCUAUUCGACAGAGUACAUCUGAACAAGCUAUUGACUUGAUAAAGAAAUUGGCAAGGAAUAAGAAUGAGAGCACUAAAGCUAAUACCAAGAACACAAAUGCUUUCAUGGAGGAGACUAGAGCAAAUACCAAAAACACCAAUGCUUCUAUUAGGAACUUGGAGAAUCAAAUUGGCCAACUGGCUAAGCAAUUUGCAGAAAGAGCUCCAGCUCCAGAAAAGCCAAGCACAAAUGUAGAAGCUGAUGAAAAGCUUAAGGAGGUCAAGGAAACAGAAAAAGAAGUGAUAAUUCCUUCUGAUGUUGAGAAAACUAUUCAGAAAGGUGAGGAAGAAGAGCCACCUAUUGUUGCUGAAAAGAAGAAAUUUGAGUUGAAUCCGGAAUAUAUGAGAGCCAUGACACCUUAUCCAGAACGAUUCAAGAAGGAUGCUCAAAAGCAGCAAUAUGCAAGAUUUCUUGAUAUCUUCAAGAAGUUGUAUAAGAAGUUUCCACCCAAACUCAAUGAUCCAAGUAGCUUCAAUAUUCACAUUGCUAUUGGUAAUACUGAUGUUGGCAUGGCAUUGUGUGAUCUUGGGGCAAGCAUUAACCUGAUGCCGUUAUCUGUUUGCAAAUCUCUGGGAAUUACUGAAUUAAAACCCACUAUGGUUUCACUUCAACUCGCUGAUAGAUCUUUGAGGAGACCGAGUGGAAUUAUUGAAGAUGUUCUUGUUAAAGUGGACAAGUUCAUCUUUCCAGCAGAUUUUGUAGUGUUAGACAUGGAAGAGGGUACUGAAAUGCCUUUGUUAUUGGGUAGACCGUUCUUGGCUACUGCUCGAGCCAUGAUUGAUGUUGAAAAUGGCAAGCUUGAGUUGAGGAUGAAUGAUGAGACCAUCACCAUCAACGUCUUUGACUCCAUAAAACAAUCUUCUGAUAAAGGAGAUUAUUUUCGACUUGAUAUUCUAGAGCAAGUGGUGGAAGAAGAAAUACCUUCUAGUCAACAGUCUGAGGAAGAACUUGAAAUGCAUGAAUUAGUUCCUUUGAAGGAAGAAAAGGUUGAGGUAUUUGAAGUUCUUGAAAAGAAAGAUUCUGAUAAGGAAGAUGGUGCUCCAAAGGUUGAGUUGAAGGAACUUCCAAAAACUCUUAAAUAUAUCUUCUUGGGUGAAAAUGAGACUUACCCUGUUAUCAUUAACAAGGGGUUGUCUUCUGAGCAAGAAAUCAGAUUGAGAAUCGUGGAACCCGUGCUGUGA